GGGACGCACCUGCUCACCUCAGCGGUUUCUUUUUUCCGCAUUCUGGAAUCGCUUGAUCGUUGGUGUAGUGCUUGAACAACUCCUCAACAAAUAGCAAGCAUGCGCGGCUUAGAGGUGAGCGCAGAUUUUGUUGGUGAUGAUCUUGUCAGGCAACACGUAUGGCUCAAGCUACCAAUCGCACAAUAUCUGGAGCUCGCAGGGCAUAACAAUCACGAAGUGAAGCAGCCGUUAUCUGUCGAGGUCGCUCUUGAAGGACCAACAGUCAAGGAUCCAGAAGUCGCCGAGGAGGAUUCGACGUCGGAAGGUGAAUUCGAUUAUGUGACUGUCAGCCAGGGCAAUGAAUCUCGUCAACAGAACCAAAAAACCCUCGAGCCAGGCCGGAGAGUCCACGUACAAGAUCAGAGAAUCCAGCCUAAUCGCAAAGUCCAUGACCCGGAAGGGUCACCGGUCAUAACUCGCGAUGAGAUCUGGCGGCAGUGUCUUCCACCUAGAUUGCUAUUGCACCCAAAGUACUGGACCAGGGGAUUCUCGACCCGUCUCAAACCUCCUAGCAUCACGAGUCUCAACGAUGAAACGAAGACCAUGAUAAGUGAUUCUGGCCACUUUUACCGUCUCGCGCGCCCAAACCCGUUUUUUAAAUCGAGCCGGCUUCCCUGCUAUCCUCUGGUCUCUUGGUUCUGUCCUGAGCGCGACUACCUCUACUAUCCCUACCCAGCGGACAAGGUUACAGGCGUGCACACGGUCACGCAGAAUGUCGUGAUGGAGAACAUAGCCAAUUUUCAUCCCAAGGAACUUCCCAAGUUGCUUCGGCCACUUAUGAAUCCGGAGAUAUUUGCCAGCCUGAAAACAAUUCAUCAGGCUUCUGGAUUGCUAUGUGCCGAUGAGAAGUGGUCGCCCAGUAUGGUUGAGGCGUUUUUCGGAUCCGAGUACCUCAUUAUUGUCAACCUACUAGACCGGGUCGCGUCUGGUAGAGUCGAACAAAAGCUCUUGGAUCUACUUGACGUCAACGAUAGCAGGUACUACGAGUUCAAACAGAAAUCCUCUUGCUUUGAUACUAUGACUCACUGGGACGAAUCCAAGUUCGUGUUCGAGGAGGCAUGGUUAAAUGCCAAGUGGAAACUGCCAUACACUAGGAUCAUCUGGCCAGAUAAGCAGUGCUUUGAGGAAAUUGUGCCCACUGCCUUGCUAGAAGAUCCGAGGACCAGAGAAAGCUUCAAGGGCGCCGUGGUCGAUGCGUCGGAAGAUUUCCGCACCCUUGACGCGGAUGGCUUCUGGGACAGGACUUCUCCCUAUGUUUCGGGUAUUCUUUACCACAUGCCCGAGCUCCAGCCUGUUUUCGUCUUCGUUCGGCCAGAGAACUUGGGAUCUCUAUGGCAGCGCAGUGGGGCGGGGAAGGGGGCGGAUGAACUUGAUUUGGACUGGUACGAUGAGAUUAUCGAAAUGCAUUCUGAAGGGGAGUGCGUCGUGCAAUAAUAACCUGCAGAUUCUAGUUCGAAUGGGGCCAAGCAUAACAAAUUAAUCGAGACGGCAAUAACAAUAUAUACCACAUACUACCGGCAAUCUCUCCUACGGUUCCCCGUUUGUCUCUCUUUCCCGCCGUAGAACAAGUAAAACCAUACCAGCUCAUCGACGGAAAUAGAGCUACCUCCAACGCGGGUCUCGCGACUCCUGCCUGUGCAUCUGAUCGUUUGCCUUACGGCAGAAGAGGGAGAAACCCAUCAACCCCCCCCCCAUAUUCCGUGUACUGCGAAGAAGGAGCUCGGAUCCUGUAAUGAAUAAAU